UGGCGCUUCACUCUCUUGCGCCGGGCAGCGCCGCCAUCGACACGGCGGGUGCGUCCAAUCUUCGGAAGGCUCAGCACGGGCCUCGACUCGAGUCCAGAAUCGGCGUCCUCGCGAAGCAUGCCGCGCCCUUCGUGCCUGGCGGCGGGUACUGGUGCGGGCUGGCCGACGUGGAUUCGUCGUUUCAUCACUUGGCGGAGGAGCCCAACUUUGUCGCGGGAGCAGCUUCCGGACAGCAGUGCGUCCCUCACUUCAUCGACGCAGCGGUGGGAACUCUGGCUGGCCUGCAGGUUUGGUUCCGUCAAUCCACAAGCAAGGCCUCUGGGAGCCAUUUUGCGAGUCCUGCGAUCCUGGCCCUUCCCAUCUCACGGUCGAGGAGCAGGAGGCGGAAAGGCUGUCUACGCAAGUCGCGCCCGCGCUGCGUCGAGGAGAGCCUGCGUGCUCCGAUGGGCCCUUGUUGGGGUGCGCUGCCAUGGUGCCACAUGAAGGGUUAUUGGUGCGCGCCGGCGUGGGCGCCUUUUCCGUCCAGCUGUGGUGGCACCGUCGUGGACGCGGAGUGCAAGACUGCCUCAGGCGAUGGUGAGGGCUUCCACAGCGUGUUCUUCAUGGUGGUGGCGUCCAUCUUUCCGGCUGCGAGGGGGGGCCAUCUGGAGACGUGCGCCGUCGUCCACGUGUUCCAGGCCAUCGACGCUUUCAUCAUCCCGUCCUUCGUGGGGCGCACGUGUGCCUGUUGUUUUGUCUUCAUCGCUGGGACCGACGGGUCGGACUCCGAAGCGCUCUGGUGCAGGGGUUGCGACGUGCUCAUCUGCUCCCGGUACUGGCCUCCGAAGCUCGAGCAGCGGCUCGCCGCUGCGAUGGAUACGAUGUGAAGUGCCUUCCCCGUGGGCUGCAUGGCCCUGGUGUGGGACCAUGGCCAGGAGCACUCGCUUUCCCUGUUCGGCAUCGUCGGCGUCAGCUCUGACCCCGCGUGCCUCGUCAAGUUCACGGGGCGCGCGUGCCUGGAGUUCAUCGUCUUCGGCGGGGUCGUGCACGGGAGGCGGGGAGGAGUGGUGCGGCGGC